AUGGGUAGCAAAUCUAGCACUUCGGUUGCUUCUACACCUUCUUUAACUGCUGUUACUCCUACUCCUACUUCUACUACUGAAACUAAUACUAUGACCUCUUCUCCUACGAAUACUACUACUACUAAAACUAAUACUACGACUUCUCCUCCUACGAAUACUACUGCUAAAACUAAUACUACGAUUCCUCCUUCUACGAAUACUACUACUAAUCCUAUCACUACUAUUGCGUCUGCUACGACUAAUACUGUUACAACAACAACAACAACAACAACAGCAACUACUACGACUCCUACUCCUACUUCUGCAGUUACUUCUACCAGUUCUACUAUUAAAAAUACUUCAACUACUCCUGUAUCUACUGAAAGUGGUCCUAAACCAACAUUCUUUUCCAUUGCAAAAUCAUUAACCACGAAUGCUGAAAAUACAAAACCUCCUGCUUCAUCAGCUUAUGCACGAUGGUAUAAAUGGAGUAAAUAUGAACAACAAAAACGAGAUAAAGGCAAAGCACUUUGGUAUAUGAGUCCACCAGUAACAAAUACUGAUGCACUUAGUACAACGACAACAACAUUAACAAUGACAACGGCAAAAAUAAAUACUGAGACAAAAGAAAUCAAUAAUGCAUCAAAUAUUACUGUUAUGCCAAGCUUUCAAUUACGUUCAACGGCUAUAUAUAGUCCACCUCAUGGUGAUCGUAUUUUAUCGGGACGUAAUGAAUUGAUCAAUACCGAUGUAUCAAAUUUUAAAUACUAUAUACCAGACAAUCGAGCAAAACAAACAGUUGGACAACAUACAAGAGCGACAAUGUAUAAAAUGAAUACUCAACUAAAACAAACUCCUUUACCAACUCCAUCAUCAUCAUCAUCACCACCGGCAACUACAAAUUCUAAUAGUAAUAACAAUACAACAGGAGACAAUGCAAUAGUACCUACAUUUGUCUCUCGUGGUUUACAGACUGAUCUUGAAGUACAACCAAUUAAUCCAUCUUCUACACAAAUGCUCUAUUAUGAAAAACAACAACCUCAAUUCGUUCCUGUAUCAGCUCUCUCAAAUUAUAAUUCAAGUAAUAGUGGAUUUUAUCAUUUAACACCACAUGAUACAAUAACUCAACCAAAUUUACCACCUAUCGAAACAAAUCCAUCAAUACAAUUUAAUGAUCAACAACGUCCAUCUCUUAAUCAAUCUCUUCCUAAUUAUCCUUCUCUGCCACCACCGCCGCGAACAUCAAUAUUAAAAAAACCAUCAACAGUAUUAUCUCAAGAAAAAUAUAAUCCUCUUUCAAUACAAACACAUGAUGAAGUACUUGAAGAAUUACGUAAACGUAAUAAUAAUACAAAUGAUGGUAUGUAUCGAGUAAAAAAAGUUCAUAUAUUAGAAAAAGAUGAUCAUGGAAAUCAACCAUUAACUUUAUCCUUCAAUCUUCCAUCGAGUAAAGCUAGUCAAAGUAUAUUAAGAAGUGAAAAAUUACUUUUUAAUCAAUGA